GCGCAGGAGGCGGAGUCUUUGGCUGCCCGCGGCCCGGGAGGGAGGCCGGACGGAUCGGCUUUCGCGGUUCUUCGGGGCAAGGUUUCUGCAGGAGGUUACGGUGUGCCAUUGGAACAAGUUUAACAAUCCCAUGACUGUAGCUGUUCACCUACUGGCAGCAGGACUGGACAUUUUCUUAAUGCUUGGUACCUCUUCCAGCUAAAGAACAGCCAUGUCCUACAUUUUUGUCAAUGAUUCCUCGCAGACAAAUGUGCCUCUGCUACAGGCUUGCAUCGAUGGCGAUUUUAACUACUCAAAGAGGCUGCUAGAGAGCGGCUUUGACCCGAACAUCCGUGACAGUCGGGGUCGAACAGGUCUCCACCUGGCUGCAGCUAGAGGCAACGUUGACAUCUGUCAAUUGCUCCACAAAUUUGGUGCCGAUCUUCUGGCUACUGAUUACCAAGGUAACACAGCCCUUCAUCUCUGUGGGCAUGUGGAUACCAUUCAGUUCCUAGUCUCCAAUGGACUCAAAAUAGAUAUAUGUAAUCACCAAGGUGCGACUCCUCUGGUGUUGGCAAAGCGAAGAGGUGUGAAUAAGGACGUGAUCCGCUUGCUGGAGUCUUUGGAGGAGCAAGAAGUGAAAGGAUUCAACCGAGGAACCCACUCAAAGCUAGAAACCAUGCAGACGGCCGAAAGUGAGAGUGCAAUGGAAAGCCAUUCCCUUCUCAACCCGAACCUGCAGCAAGGUGAAGGAGUUCUCUCUAGCUUCCGAACGACAUGGCAAGAGUUUGUGGAGGAUCUUGGCUUCUGGCGAGUGCUGCUCCUCAUCGUUGUGAUAGCCCUGCUGUCCCUCGGGAUUGCCUACUAUGUUAGCGGGGUGCUGCCUUUUGUAGAGAACCAGCCCGAACUGGUGCAUUAGAUAUGUUUGUCAACAAACAGCAUCCUUACUGUUAUUUUUAGCUUUUCAUGUUUGUUUUCCUUCAGCACAAGCAGUGGCUGCCGUAUGUAUUGUUGGCAUUUAUAUAUACAUUCCUGUUUGUAGUAGCCCUUUUGGAAGAAGGAUGUGUUAAUUUUGGCUAGACAGCACUAAAUUCUGAGGCAUUCCUAGGACACCUCUGACGUCUUGUCUUGGAAACAAAAGUAGUUAGUAGCAGUCUCUGCCAAUAUAAUGAUAUAGAGGGCCACAGAUACUCAUAUCUGGACACAGAACUAAGUCACCAAGUAUUUAUCUUUUCCUUAAAUUUCUCUUGAAAUGUCACCAGUCUUUGUUUUCAGUUCAAGAAUACAGCAUAAUUUUAUCCAGGUUUAUUUGACAAUAUUAACAAAUCUUGUAAACUGAUCAUGCUUUAAGGUUUGCCAAAAGAAACAUCUGGUAUCAUUUGUCUUUUAAAUGCAGGGUUGUUGUUGUUUUUUAGUAGGGGAAACUUUUCUGACAAAUUGAUGAAAAGCUGUCUAGCGAUCUGGAUUUUUUUUUUUUUGCAGUAUUCUGUAACCUUUAUUUGCGUCAGAUGUUAACCUUUUAGGUGUUUAAUAUGCUCCGGGAAAGGAGUUUUUAUCCUAAUAAAGUUCCAUUAGAAGAUUAGAAAGCAUAAUGGUGAAAGGUUUUAUGUGGCUCUAAUCUUCACUUCUUUCAAACUGCACUUAAAAGCCACUGAAUGGGUUGGAUCCUAUGGCUGGAAGAGAGCUCUGCCCCUGGCAGAAUGGGUAUGUGGGAUCCAGCACAACGUCCUAACAUUUUAUAUACGGCAUCGUAGUGCACAGAGACUGAAAUGAGACCUAGACUUACUGCUGGCAAGGUCUCUUAUACACCGUCUAUACGCCUAGCAGGCCUAGUGAAAGUCUCAUAAAGCAUAUGGCGUAUGUUAGGUAGCUUAGCUCACAUGUGUUCAGUGUGCAGGAGGGUCAGUCAGACAAAGGCUUCCCCCAGCACAGAAUUCUGUGUAUUGUGUGGGCAUGCAAGCCCCCACCCCACCCCCCACCCCAGUUGUGAUGUCCUGGCAAGAGGAAGAAUUGUGGCUUUUACAACUGCAACUUGGGUGAACCCAAACAGUUAGACAUUUUUUAAAACAGCGAAUAUUGAAUCAGAUAAGUAGCAAGGAUACCCUGUGCUAGUUUCGUGCUCUUUGUGUUUGUUUUUCUGAUAAUUGUCUUGAGAAGAUGGGUUGGGAGGGGCUUUCUUUAGACUUCUAAAAGUUUUUAGCUCCCGUGUUUUUCAGCUAACGGCUAUGAAAACAGGUAAUUUGUUCCCCAUACACUCUCUGAAAACGAUCCAGCCAAAGUUAAGCAUGUGCAGGUACCCAAUGGUUUUGAAAAUUUAGUGUUUUUCCAUUGCAGUUUGUUGGCGGUAAAAGUGCUUAAGCUUUGGAUCGUUUCCAGGUAAUGACUGGAUCCCACAGAGGAUUUGCAUAGGUGAGAUUUCCCUCGCCCACUACAGAUGUUGGACUCUUCUUCAGGGGGGGGGGGUUUCUCCUUUUCAUCAAGAGCAGUUGGGGGGUGGGCAUAUUUUGGGCUGCAGUUGUACAGAAAUAAGAGUAUACAUAGAAAUGAGGGUACACCCUUCAAACAUUAUCAUUUUAACUCAGUUUCAGAAAAUUGGGAAGGACGUGAUUAUUGUUUUCAUAAAAUAUUGUGAGUAUUGUUACCAUAUUGGGAAGUUAUUUUAAUAAAUAUUAGAAAAAAUACUCCAGAGUGAAAACGGUAAUUGUGCACUUUUAAAACGAUACAUUUUGAACCAGGCAGCAGGAGCAGGGAGGAAGAAGCAUGCCCCACCCCUCAGCUGGUCUGCAGCAUUUCUGCCCAUUAAACUUUAAAGCGACAUUAUUAGCUGUGGGACAUCAAUUGCCCAUAGAAAAUAAUGGCCGAGUAAAGGGCAGAAGUGCCGUGUACCAGCCACAGCUCACUCACUCCUCCCUAGCCACUCCUGCUGCCCUCUCUUCCAAUAUUACUGGGAGUGGAAAUGGUAGGGAAGCUUUCCACUAUUGGACAUUGCCUAUCCAAACCCAGGAACUUUUAUUUAUUUUAUUUAGUUGAGAGUAUACAGCUGCAUAAUCCCAGAUGGAAUCCCUUCCAUCCAUUUCUGAUGGAUCUAAGCCGAUAUCAAGAAUGCCCCCAAAGAGGGUUGCAAAGGACCUCAGAACAUGUGAAAUGUGUUACAGACACUUUUAAAAGUUAGGGAACGAUCAUCUAAUUAUGUUAUGUAUUCAUAGGUAAGCAAUGAAAUGCCUUUUUAAAAAAAGCAAAUGUGUAUUUUGUGUCUUAAUUUUGCAUUACCUUCCAUUUUGUGCUGUUGUUUAUAACUUUGAAUUGCAUUCUAAACAUAAAUAGAUGUAUUCUAAUAAAUGUGUAUCAACGAGCUGCAUGUACA